AUGGGGGAGAGGAGGAAGAGGAGUAGCAAGAAGAGGAGGAAGAGCAGCAGCAAGAGGAGAGGCCAGGAGUGCAUUCUGUCUGGCAUCAUGUCAGUGAAGGGCAAGAAGGUUCUACACAUGGACAGAAAUGUAUACUACGGAGGGGAGAGUGCCUCCCUCACGCCUCUGAACGAUGUCUACAAGCGUUUCGGAUUACCCGGUAGCCCUCCGGAGUCCAUGGGAAGCGCCCGUGAUUGGAAUGUAGACCUAGUUCCUAAGUUUCUUAUGGCCAACGGUCAGCUGGUGAGGAUGCUGCUUAUCACUCAGGUUACGCGGUACCUGGAUUUUAAAGUGAUUGAUGGCAGCUAUGUCUUCAAAGGGGGAAAAAUCUACAAAGUCCCCUCCACUGAGAAGGAAGCACUAGGAUCAGCUCUGAUGGGCAUCUUCGAGAAGCGCAGGUUCCAAAAGUUUCUAGUUUACGUGGCCAGAUUUGACGAAAACGACCCGAAGACGUUGGAGGGUGUGGACCCAAACAAAACCACCAUGAGAGAGGUCUACAAGAAGUUUGGCCUGCAGGAAAACGUGAUGGACUUCACCGGCCACGCCCUUGCCCUGUACCGCACAGACGAAUACCUGGACAAGCCGUGCCUCGAAGCCAUAAACAAAAUAAAGCUGUACAGUGAAUCUCUGUCUCGAUAUGGAAAAAGCCCCUAUCUCUACCCCUUGUAUGGCCUAGGCGAGCUGCCGCAAGGCUUUGCCAGAUUGAGUGCCAUUUACGGAGGAACGUACAUGUUGAAUAAACCCAUAGAGGAGAUCGUCAUGGAGAACGGAAAAGUGGUGGGAGUAAAGUCUGAAGGAGAGAUUGCCAGGUGUAAGCAGUUGAUCUGUGACCCCAGUUAUGCCCUGGAUCGGGUGAAGAAGGUAGGACAAGUGAUCAGGGUUAUCUGCAUCCUGAGCCACCCCAUCCAUGACACCCACGAUGCAAAGUCCUGCCAGAUCAUCAUCCCCCAGAACCAGGUCAAACGGCAACACGACAUCUACGUUUGCAUGAUCUCGUUUGACCAUAACGUAGCCUCAAAGAAUAAGUACAUCGCCAUUGUCAGCACCACGGUGGAGACGGACAAUCCAAGAAACGAGGUUCAAGCUGCUAUGGAUCUGCUCAAGCCCAUAGACCAGGAGUUCAUCAGCAUCACCGACUUGUACGAGCCCACAGACGAUGGAACGGAGAGCCAGAUUUUCCUGUCUCGUUCGUACGAUGCCACCACUCACUUUGAAACAACCUGUGACGACAUCAAAGACAUCUACAAACGUUUGAUGGGCUGUGAAUUUGACUUCGCUGAGAUGGAGCGCGGCCAAAACGACAUUGUGGGUGACCAGGACUAA